CACUUUGUUGACUGUUUCUUUUUGAUCAGAGUUGUUUUUAUAAUGUUGCUUUCCUCUCAGGACCUGAAACACCCGGCGCUGGACCUCGACCAGCCUCGGUGGCAUUUCCCAUAAUCCCCUCUCUGCCCCUCCCACCCAGAGAAUAAAACCACCUGUGAGGUGACGACCACAUUUCCCUCUCCUUCCCCUCGCGCCAUGUUUCCUCUGCAGCUGCUCGCUCUGCUCUUCAUCUCCACGCCGAGUCACGACCCGAAAGAGAAGGGGAGGAAGAAGGAGAGAGAGGAGGAGGCUGACGGAGGGAGAGGAGAGAGGAUGAAGAGUAAGUAUGACCUGAUGUUCAGGAGGGGGGACCUGCUGGAAGUGCCCAGGACUCUGUUCACACACUUUGGGAUUUACCUGGGGGCGGGCAGAGUAGCUCAUUUCAUCCCAGACAUCAUGCCCGUCGUCUCCAGUAACCAGUGUCGAAUCAAGCAGAUGGUCACCAACAGCAGACUCCUGCUGGGAGUCCUGGCCAAGUGUGGCAGCGUGAGAGUGGACUCCGUGGAGGACUUCGCCUACGGAUCAGAGAUACUCAUCAACACCACGGACAAGGUGUGCAGCCGCCCGGCGCUGCGGGGGGAGGAGGUGGCCGUCAGGGCGGAGAAGCUGCGGGGCGACGUGUCCUACAGUCUGCUGUGGUACAACUGCGAACACUUCGUCAUGUACUGUCGCUACGGCACCGUCGUGAGCUUCCAGACGUUCCAGUUCUGCAAGACUGUGAGGAAGCUGUUGCUGAGCCGGCGUGUUGCCAAGGUGACCGCGGUGCUAGGGGCGUGUCUGUUGCUCUACCUGAGAGCUGUGAGCACCUACGCCACCCUGCUGGCCGUCCUGCUGCCCUUCCUCAUAUGGAUGGCGUCGUAAAGUUUGCGGUCCGUGGAGGUCUGCAGUCUAACACUGUGCAAAUUACACAUGAGAAUAAUAAUUGAAAAUGUACAUUUAUGA